UGUUCUCGGCUGUCAGAAGCGCGGAGUAGGUCAGGUCAGCCUCCUGUUCGCGAUCUCCCCCGCCGCCGUCGAGCCUUCCCAACGCUAGCUGCCGCCCCGUCGAUCCCCUCCCUCGCCACCGGGCGCCGCUGCCCAGCCCUCAGUCCACCACGCCCUCGGUCGUCCAGAUCCGCCGCCCCGUCUCCCUCGCCAACCUCCACGCGGGCCCCUGCCUCUCCCCCAUUGCUACAUCAACCGCCCGGAGCGCGUCCCUCGCCGGCCUCCACCUUCCCUCUGCUAUCUCAAUCACCGGCAGCGAGAAGAGAUGGGCUUGUGGUUGCUGCUGGAGGGUUUCUUGCUGCUUGCAAAUGCACUGGCGAUACUGAAUGAAGACCGCUUUCUUGGUCCAAGGGGAUGGAGCAUGUCGGAAGUUUCAGGGAAUGGACAAACAAAGUCGUUGAAGGGCCAGAUCGUGGGGCUCAUCUACGCCACUCAGUUUUUGCGUGUGCCCCUGAUUGCACUCAAUGUACUUAUCAUUGUUGUUAAACUGGUGUCGGGCUGAGGCCCUCUGCCAUAUCUCUAGUGUUGAGGGGGGUUGAUUUCAACUUAAUCUGCCAUAUCUCUAGUGUUGAGGGGGUUGAUUUCAACUUAAAAUUCCAGCAUCAUGUAAAGGCUACUCAUGUUUAAAAGUUGCUGGAAUGAUAUGUUCACGUUGACUCGAAUGUGGCCUGUCGGUACUGUUGAUGUAAAUUAACUCUUGCGAUUAUUUUGUCAAAGCCAUACUGUGAAUGGUCUCUUUUUUUUCUCU